GGGAGCGAGCGAGCGAGUGGGGGGAUAAAACAGUGACCCAGCAGUAACAGCAGCAGCAAGCAGAGGCAGCAGCAUCAAGAAGCAGCAGCAACAGCAGCAAGGAGUAAGCGGCAGCAGAAGCAAGAGGCAGCAGCAUCAAGAAGCAGCAGUAACAGCAGCAGAAGCAAGUAACAGCUGCAAGGAGUAAGCAGCAGCAGCAAGAAGCAGCAGCAGCAAGAAGCAGCAGCAUAAGCAAGAAGCAGCAGCAGCAGGCGGCUGUGGUGAUAGCGGCGGCGCUCCGGGACCCCCGCCCGCCACGAACACCACUCCGCCUCCUCCUCCGCCGUGUUGGUGGUGGUAGUGGUUGGUGGUUGGUGGUGGUGGCCACAACCCCCUGGCGAGAUGAGCACUCACGCCCUGCGCGCCAUCAACAACAACAUGUCAAACUACAAGCGCACAAGCUUCGACGAUGAGGAGGGGACCGACGUGGUGAUAGAGGAAGGUGUGGCCGACCACCCUCCACAGGUGCGCUUUGGGUACAGCCGCCUGACAGGAUGGGCUCCCGGCCUGCUGAGGAGACGAACUCGCCUGGAGCUGCUGCUGCUCACGCUCACGCCCGUCAUGGCUGUCGCCCUGACGUCCUGUCUCAUCUUCAUCACCAUCACCAGCAACGACCCGUCGCGUUCGGUGUGCCUGUCCGAGUCGUGCGUGGGGGUGGCGGCACGCAUCCUCGCCUCCAUGGACCGUUCCGUGAGCCCGUGCCAGGACUUCUUCACGUACGCGUGCGGCGGGUGGGCUCGCAGGAACCCCCUGCCGGAGGGCCGCUCGCGCUGGAACACCUUCAACAACCUCUGGGAGCAGAACCAGGGGGUGAUGCGCGGACUGCUCGAGAACAGCACGGCGAACGUGAGCUCGAGCGAGGCGGAGCGGAAGGCUCACCGCUACUACCAGUCCUGCAUGAACGAGGCCCACAUCGAGGAGCUGGGCGCACAGCCCCUCAUCGACCUCAUCGACAAGGUUGGCGGCUGGAACGUGACCGGCGCUUGGGACAAGGAUUCCUUCCAGGAUGUGCUCCAGUUGGUGUCGUCGAUGGUGCGCGCCACGCCCUUCUUCUCCGUCUACGUGGGGCCCGACUCCAAGAACUCCAACUCCAAUGUCAUCCAGGUGGACCAACCGAACCUGGGCUUGCCGUCCCGUGAUUACUACCUCAACAAGACGGCCAACGAGAAGGUCUUGACGGCGUACCUGAGCUACAUGGUGGAGGUGUGCGUGCUGCUGGGCGGGGAGCCCAACGCGACGCGCGCGCUGCUGGAGCGCGUGCUGCACCUGGAGACGGAGAUCGCGAACCUGACGACGCCACAGGAGGAGCGGCGCGACGAGGAGGACAUCUACCACAAGAUGAGCAUCGUGCAGCUGCAGGAGCUGGCACCCGCUGUGGAGUGGCUGCCGUUCCUGAACGCCGUGUUCCACCCGCUGGUGCUCAACGGCACGGAGCCCGUGGUGGUGUACGCCACCGACUACCUGCGCAAGGUUUCCCAGCUCCUCAGCGGCGCCGACAAAACGCUGCUCAACACCUACAUGGUGUGGAGCCUCGCCAAGAGGAUGGCCUCCAACCUCGACCAGCGCUUUGAGGACGCCGAGCAGAAGUACUUGGAGGUCAUCUACGGCACCAAGAAGUCGUGCACGCCGCGCUGGCAGGACUGCAUGGAGGACACGGACAACACACUGGGGUUUGCGCUCGGUGCCAUGUUCGUGCGCGCAACCUUCGACCAGAGCAGCAAAUCCGUGGCCGAGGGCAUGAUCACGGAGAUCCGCUCGGCGUUCGAGGCCGGGCUCGGCAAGCUUACGUGGAUGGACCCCGAAACGAUCGAGGCGGCCAAAGAGAAGGCGGACGCCAUAUACGACAUGAUCGGCUUCCCGGAUUUCAUCCUGAAGCCAGAGGAGCUGGACAAGGUGUUCACGCAGUAUGAGGUUAUAGAGGAAGAUUACUUCCAAAACGUUCUCAACUACUACAACUUCUCUUCGCGCAUGUCAUCAGAGCAGCUCCGCAAGCCGCCCAGCCGUGACCAGUGGAGCAUGACGCCGCCCACCGUCAACGCCUACUACUCCCCCUCCAAAAACGAGAUCGUCUUCCCCGCGGGGAUUCUGCAAGCGCCGUUCUACGCCCGCAACUACCCCAAGUCACUGAACUUUGGUGGGAUCGGCGUGGUGAUGGGACACGAGCUGACGCACGCGUUCGAUGACCAAGGCCGCGAGUACGACAAGGACGGGAACCUGCGGCCCUGGUGGAAGAACUCGUCGGUGGAGGCGUUCAAGCGGCAGACGGCGUGCAUGCGCGAGCAGUACGCCGCAUACGCCCUCUCCGGGGAGCACCUCAACGGCAAGCAGACGCUCGGGGAGAACAUCGCCGACAACGGCGGCCUCAAGGCGGCCUACAACGCGUACGAGGCGUGGGUGAGCCACGCGGGGGAGGAGCCGCCCCUCCCGGCCCUUGACCUCUCCAGCCGACAGCUCUUCUUCGUGGGCUUCGCCCAGGUGUGGUGCUCGGUGCGCACGGUGGAGAGCACGCACGAGGGGCUCGUCACGGACCCGCACAGCCCCGCGCAGUACCGCGUCAUCGGCACCGUCGCCAACUCCCCCGAGUUCGCGCAGCACUUCAACUGCCCCCCCGACACGCCCAUGAACCCCGCGAAGAAGUGCGAGGUCUGGUGAGGAGGCGGGAUGAGGAGGCAGGAGCGGGAGGAGCGGGAGGAGCGGGAGGAGCGUGGAGCCACGUGGACAGUGCGCCGCUGUGGGUGGGUCAGCGCUUGCAGGGACGUGCGUGCGUGCGCGUGCGUGCGCGUACACGUUGCUUGCGAUUGCGUGAGACGAGCCGCUGGUAGACUGGAGCAUGUGGUACGGCACGUGGCCACGUGCGUGCGUAGCCACGGCCGUAGCGAGUGGUAUACUUGGUGUGGUGUGCCGGGUCCGUAGAUAUAUUUUGGGUCGCCGACUUCUGACAGACCCGGCUGACAUUUGAAAUUAAGCCCUGGAGAUGUCCCUCUGAGAUCAGCGUUUGACUCUGCAGAACUGUGUGCCUGCGUGCGUGUGAGUGUGUGCGCGUGUGCACGCGCACGCGUGCAUGUCUACUACACUGGACGCUGUCUCGUCCGAGGCGGCGCAAACCCUCGGCCAGUAGAGACGCCGGUGUGGCAGCGGUCGCUUCGUACGUACGUGUGCGCGUGCGUGUGGCUUGUUUUUUUGUUGGUAGUCAUCGCAAGUAGCAACCAAAAGUGAACACCUUCACUGUAGUCGCCUUAAAUCGGAGGGACGGGCCAAAGGGCAAAGCCGUGUGAUGAGGCGUCGAUGCGCGGCGACGCGCAGACGCGUCAUCCAGUGUCAACCGGCAAGGUACCCGCUCGCUCGCUCGCUCGCUGGCUCACCCGCCCACCGGUCCUGCCUUUCUCGCAAACAGCUCCGUGAAGGCGCUGGGCGGGGGGGUCUUCGUCACGGCGGUGAACUUGCUCGGAGAUGGGGAACGACAUCCAGCUCGCUCGUGAAUCGCACGCGCGCACACACACGCAAGUAAUUUGGUUGCGUUUGUCAAUCGUAAUUUGCAUCCCAACCACUCGUGACGCGGCUCAUUGGAAGCUGCGUUCGAUUUCCUCCCCGGCGAUGCCGCUGCUGCUACUGCUGCCGGUGGUGUUGUGAUGGUCGGCGCACUUGGACAUUCGGUUUCUCGGCGCGGCAGUUGAAAAACUGUGGGCGAUUUUCCCAAUUCCCUCCACACAUCCGUCCACCCCAGCAUUAUGAACGGGUGCACCGCAGUCAAGUCUAUCGGCAGGUCGCAUGUGGUGUGGUUAAGCGCGGCUGUUCCAAAGUCAUCCGGGCAGUGUUGGAAGAGUAGGCCGAAUACCAUCUUUAGGAGAGGCUCUUCCCCGCCAGCGAUCGGGGCGAGCAAUGCAAUUUGCAGGGCUUGCCCCUCUACCUUGGCACGUGCCCUGCGGUAGUUUGUGAGCUGAACGUAUUUCCCCAUCUCUGCUUGAAGCGAGGCGCGCCCUAGCAGCGGAGGCCCCCGCCCGUGGCUCGCCGUGGCAGACCCCCGAUGGCGCUGUCCCGCCGGCCGGGGAGAGCGUGGCGGGGGGGGGAGCGCCGCUCCGCCCCGCGUCGCACGGCGACCGCCCAUUUACCGUCGCGCCGUUUGUUUUGCGCGUUGUGCGUGCUCUCUUGGGAUGUGCGUGCUUGCGUCGGCGGUGGUGCCCCGCCACCGAGCGGGGGCCUUCUCCCGGGAAGGAAAGCUGCUGCAGGUUUGCCAAAGAGCUCCGCCCCCUCACCCCCCACAACCACUUCCUCCCACACAACCCAAGCUCGCCGCUGCACUUAACGCACGUUUUUCCUUUUUACGUCUUCGUAUUUAAGUGUUUAUUGUUGUAACUGCCAUGAUUUAUUUAUUGACAUCUGUAAAAGGGAAGGUGGAGUCCAGGUCCCUGGAAUGUGAAUGGACGGGUCCGUGGCUUGGGGUCCCUGGAAUGUGAACGAAGGGGGCUGUGUUUGCACCGUUCCUUUGGGUGGCGCUGGGUUGUCGGCAACUGCCACAGCAUCCUCAUCGGCGAUUCAGUUGCACAGCUUGGUUGCACGCAACUGAAUCGCUUGCAAUGUGCAACCAAGUUUGUUUUGUUUGACCAUGGUGAGAACCUGGUUGUGAGCAGCUGAGGAAGACUUUCAAGCGACCCGUUCGCUGACGUGCAGCGACUUAUUUCGCACGUUAGCGUCGUGUGCAUUUUCAAGCUGCGGCUGGCGGUCGCAACCCGGAGUGCGCCGUUUACUUUCCCCAGCGACCGAUUCCGCUCGGGUUUGGGCAAAGCGGUUAGCGCGCGACAAUUUCUGAGAGCAAUUUGGUUGCCGAACAAUUCCCUGGAAUGUGAAUGAACGGGUCCGUGGCUUGGGGUCCCUGGAAUGUGAAUGAACGGGUCGGUGGCCAGGGGUGGACAGGGCAGUUGGCACGCGACGAUUUCUGAGAGCGAUUUUGGUCGCCGAAUGGGCCGCUCCUGGCGGUCGAGGCAGCUUGACCGUGGCACGGCGUCGCACUCGGUGGACCCCCUCCUCCAUCCGCCGUCGAGUUUUCCACGCCGCUGGAUCAAGGGCGUGGGGAGUUGAGGUGAGGGUGCACUGUGGGCUAUGGCGCAGGCCCCAGCGUCACGAGCGGUUCGAGCGGAACAGCGGACAGGGGUGACGGAUUGCGAUGAGGAAGCGUUGCUGUGCCGUGCCGGCUUUUGAACCCUUUGACAGCCUACCGAUUUUUUUCAAAGCUGCAUCAUAUCGCUUCAUAAAACAAUCUAAAUACCGCUUGUUUACGCAUUAGCAUUUUUUUUUUCAUUGAGAAAUCGGUACGCAGGUGAGAGGGUUCGAUUGUCGGCAGCUUUCCCCGUUCGUUCGGUACCGUGGCGACGGGGGGGGGGGGGGAGCUCCCGGCGCGUAGUCAAGCGGAAGGUCGGACAUCGCGCCCAACCGCGCGAGCCGAAAGGGCCGUACGGCGGGCACGCCCGCGAGACCCGUCUCGGCGCCAAACUCCUGCGUGUGCCUGAAAUGGGGGGGGGGAGGUGAGGGGCGGUGGGGGGGGCGGCGCUUUCAGCGGGGGCUUUCGCAGCGAGCGUCAGACGGCAGCGGGGAGGCUGGAGGGUACGCCGGCUCCAGCCGCGGCAGCACGGUAGUCGACCCCCCCCCCUCCACCCUUGUGAAUGUGUCUACGGACGUGCCGACGGAUCGAGCCCAGUCUACACUGGUCAUCGUCUUCUUCUAGGCCAGAGGUCCCAUUCCAGCGGCGUUCUCCACUAAUUUUCAGAGGGGGGGUUUCCACUUUCGCCAAUAAGACAUUAGUGCGAGGGCCCGCCACGCACUGAAACCAUUUGAGGUUUGACAGCAGCACGAUGACGAUGAUGGGGGGGUGUUUUCACUUUUUGCGUUUUGUCGGGGGCCGCACGUCAGGGGCCCCACUAAAGGCCACCAGGGGCCGCCAGUGGCCCGCGGGCCUUGCAAUGAAGAACGCUGCUGUGUGACAGGUUCCUCUUUGCUCUAUGCGGGUUCGGUUUGUGUGCGCGAAUCAGCAGGCAGCUGUCCCCUCGUGCGAUUUCACUUUGUGUGCCCCUUUUUAUUUUGAAUGCAUCUGAUAAUAAUUAUUUACAUUUAAUAUAAUAAAUUACAUUCUAAUAACAAUUAUUUGUAAGGCACCUUCUAGUAAUGUCUUAAGGCGCUGCGUAGAGCGAGGGAUAGCUGUAGUGCGUGGGAUUGGCUUGUCUGACUUUAUUUCCCCACGUGCUCACAUGCACUACCCUUAUACAGACCUCCAUACAGACCCGUAGACUCACACUUACAUGGUUCAUAGACCUGUACACAGAACCAUAGACUCGGACAAACCACGUAGUGCGUAUAAUUACGUCAAGACUCAUACUUGCGCAUACGCUUACACGUUUCACAGACUCCUAUACAAACGCGCGUACAUGCGUAUGAUCCAUAGACUUGCAUAGGGAAGAACCAUAGACUGGCAUAGCAACCCAUACGAUGACACACAAUUACACACACAGAGACCCACCCAAACGCGUACACAGGAACUCAACACGUCUGUCAAUGAACCCUGCCUUAAAAGUAGACGUAGAAUAGGCGACGUUUCGGGGACAGGCCCUUCACGGCGAAUAGGGAGGCCACGGUGGUAGCAUAGACUUGCACCACAUUCUCGGCCAAACGUUCCGUCAUUAUUGCCCGGCGUCGGCUGAUCGUGUUUUCCUUCUCCAUGUCCUCCUAUCCUCUGUCCCUCUUCCUCUGCGGACAUUCGUCGCCCUCAAAUCUUUCCCCAUCGGCAGCUUCUUACCCCACACCUCUGCGCUUUCACAACUCGAUUCUCCCACUCCCCCCCCCCCCCCCGUAGAUCCCAACCCCUACACCGUCAUCCAUGGUCAAGUUCCGAGGCUCGGGGUUUUUCCCGGUCGCAGUGGUGGGACCGUGUUUGUGUAUGUUUGUUGAACUUCUUUUGCACCGUAUGUAGCCAAGCGUGCUAAUCGGAGGUGCCGGGGGGGGACAACAACAAACUAAACCCACACAAAUGCAGUUUGAAAGAAAUGAGUUCUCAAUUUAUAAGAAUAGGUUUUACCCUUUCCUGCAAUAAGACGGGUGUUAAGAUGUUAAAACACCAAACUGAAACCUUUUGCAAGUGUAGUGCAGUGACUUAGGACACGAGGUUUGUAGAGGCACCUUCUUUAUUAACACGCACGAUCUCGCCUGGACACACUCUGUACUCGCUCACCUAUGACACAACACGAGCCGUCUCGUCCCCAUCGUCGGCAGUGACGAUGGCAACGAGACGAUCCAGCGCGGCUUGGCUCCGCCCUGGCCGCGCCUCCCUUCUCGAACUCACUAGCAGCUUCCAGGGGCUUCCAGAUGGGACCCUCCAAGACCCUUGCCCCAGUUCCUCCGCCCUGCCAACACCCGUGUAUACGCUCACCGGCGUGUGUCCUGUUUGUUCACCGCAGUUGCCGCUGCUGGUCACCAGCCGGCGCUAUUACACUACAGAAGUAAUCAUUUCUGCAUUGACCACAUAUACUUGUGGUGAACAUGCAAACAACAUACAUGCUCUGGUAGUAUAUACAGUAAAACCUUGGAUUGCGAGCAUAAUUUGUUCCGGAAACGUGUUUGUAAUCUAAAGCGCUCGUAUAUCAAAGCGAAUUUCCCCAUAAGAAAUAAUGGAAACUCAGAUGAUGCGUUCCACAACCCAAAAAUACUGUAUUCAUAUAAAAAUUAUUAAUAUAAAAUACCUUUUUAUAAUUGUAUUAUUUAUAUUUAAUAUAAGUAAUCAAAUGUAUUCAUUACAUUUAAUCGUGGCUGGUGUGAGGGAGACGAGAGAGAGGAGAGGAGGGUUAUUGUGGAGGACGACUUUCACUUGCAGGACAGUUACUAAAGAACAGUCGCUACACUUGGACACAAAAUACAAAAAAUGCUUUACGCACACACACGUGGUCACAACGCUAUAGUGAACAGUAUACGCUCGCACGAAUGUUGACUAUACGAGUGAGGCACGCCAACUGAGACCGAGCAUGGGAGACGAUUACCCACAAUCCCGCAGCGAGAGAGAGAAAAACCAUCGGCUCAGUUACGUCCGCAAAUUUGCGCGCGUUAUAAAUUGCUUUAUUAUUAUUAGUCGUGAUCACGUGACGCUCGGCAGACAGAGCGUAUACUGUACGUACUACAGUACUCGUAUUGCAAGACCUCGUUCGUUUAUCAAAUUAAUAUUUAUUUGAAAAAUUUACCCGUCUUGCAAAACACUCGCAGACCAAGUUACUCGCAAUCCAAGGUUUUACUGUACAUUGUCUUUGAACACGAUUCCUUGCCAAAGCUUUCAGUAUGGUGUUUAAUCAUCUUAACACCUGUUUUAUUCAGAAUCAGAAAGGGUUUUAUUCGCCAUGAAAGUCCGCACAGACAAGGAAUUUACUUUGGCAGGAAGGUGCAUACAUUCAAUAUAUUGGAAUCUUAAAUCUUAAAUAAGUGGUGUACAAGUCUAACUAUACUAAAGGCACAAAGUCUAACUAAUACUAAGGGGCUAAAGUAUGUAAACAUUAGAAUAAAAUUAAAUAUAAAAUAGCUAUAAUACACAAUAUAAAAAUACAAAAAUACAAAUAGGGUAACAUAGGGCAAGGUGUCAUUGUGCAGAUAAAAUGUUACAGUCGGGUUAAAACCUAUUCUUUUAUUUUGAUCCUGGCAAGGGAGGAGGUCCCAUGAGGUUCUCAGUCUAGAUGACUUGCACAGCCCCCAGUGGCUUCCUGGUGUGGGAAGGAAGAGCGUUCCAGGCGGCCGCGGAAGCGUGCCUGGAAGCGCCGCGAUGCGAGUGACCGCCUUCUGUUCGGGGGACCCACGCUCACACCCGGCCUCCAAAUGCAGUCAGUCCGGGGGGGGG